GACAACUAUGGGCUCCGGUAUUGAGUUGUAGUCAGGCGUAGUAAACACGAGAACAUUGUGUUAGGCGUGAGUGAAUGUUUUCGCUGUAUUUAUCGUAGAAUGACAUUAUUUUAUCAGCUGGAUAUAUUUAGGAGAGGAUGAGGGACAAGUCUCCGACCAAUUGGCAAGAUCCAUUGCUCAUGCCAUUUAAGAUUUGCAACUUUCGUCGUCGAUUUUCUCGUGUCAUCUGUGGUACUUGUCGAGGGAGAUUUUUGCUAGCAUGUGUAUUUAUAGCGGGAUUUACCUAUUUAAACAUGUUAAUCUACAUGCCUGUCUUCCAAGUGUUUCGCAACAAAAAUGUUCACGCACCUUGUCUACUUCCGGUUUUUGAUAUGUAUGACAAAUCCAUCAACGACCAGUUUUGGUCUCAACAACCGCUGCCAUGUGAGGACUGGUUAGAUUUGUUUUUUGUGACGCCUUCUGGAAACUUGACUUUAAACCAAACUGCCGUCCGGCUGUCGGGUUUUGAUACCAUACGUUGUCAUUACAAGUACAUUAGACGCGAAUCAGAGACAAAAUUUGUGUUUUCUGAGAAAAUCACUUACACUAGUCCGAAAUAUCUCGACGGAGACUUUGUUCACGUGGAAUGUUUUGAUAGACAAAAUAAGCGGGUGUACAACAAUCUUCAUUUCAAUAUAGAUGCAAAACCGAUUAGGAAAUCAAGAAAACUAGUCAACGAGUCGCUGGAUAGACUAAGUGUGUAUGCUUUUGGUUUAGAUUCUGUUUCCAGAUUAAUUGCAGAAAGAAAACUGUCAAAAACCAUGAAAUACCUCCGGCAGUCAUUAGGAGCGUAUGUGUUUGCUGGACACACACGUCUUGGAGAUAGUUCAUUCCCGAAUUUGAAUCCAUUGUUAACUGGAUUGAUAUCGGAUUAUAGCCAUCCAAUUCCUCCGGUCCAUAAGCUGCCUUUCAUAUUUAAGAAUUUUUCCGACCACGGAGCAGUCAAUGUCUUCGUAGAGGACUGGUAUGAAGUUGCUACAUUCAAACGUUUUACUGACCAACCUUCCAUGCAUUAUCCACAACCUUUUAUUCAAGCAAUGGACCAAGUUCGACCUUCCUAUCUAGCUAUUGACAAGAGUUUCCAGUUUCUUCAGAGCCAUAAUAUACCUCUUCGUAAAGUUUCAGCUUUGUGUUUUGGAAAUGAAAAACGGUAUAAAAUCCUCAUGAAUUAUUAUAGGAGAUUUGCCGAAACAUAUGGAAAUACACGGAAAUUUGCUUUCUCCUGGAUUAAUGAACUUGCCCACGAUUUUUUCAAUAUGGUAGAACUGGCAGAUGAGGAUAUUCGUGAUUUAUUCAAAUGGCUGAAAGAAUCUGGGAGGUUGGAAAAUGCAGUUCUUUUGUUUUUCAGUGAUCAUGGGCCACGGUACAGUGAAAUUCAAAAUACGGACAUCGGUAGGGUUUCUAACCUUCUACCAUUAAUGUCAAUAGCUCUGCCAAAACGCUUGACUGAGAAAUACCCACAUAUAGCACAGAACAUGAAAAUGAAUACAGAACGACUCACUACAAAUCAUGAUGUGUUUCGAAUGUUGAAGGAUGUUUUGAAUGCAAAUUAUGAAGAGCAACCCGAGGUGAAACCUGCUGAAGACGGCAAGCUGCCGUACGGAAUAAGUUUGUUUAGAGAAAUCCCCGCGUCGCGGAGUUGUGUGGAUGCAACGAUAUCCGAUGUAUAUUGUCCUUGUUACACCUCUGUCCGUGUAUCAAGUGACGACGAAAGAAUCGAGCAAUCCGCACACCUCGUAGUGGAUAGAAUUAACGACAUUUUGAAAGAAGUACGGUCAAAGUGUGCUCAAGUUAAAUACGAUUCUAUUCACCAUGCAUCAUUGAUAUUUCCAGACAUGCAGCGCGAUUUGUCUCAGGAACGUGGGUUUUCAUUGAGGGGAUACUUCUUAAAAGUGGAGAGUGCUACUCGUUUUUUAAUCAGCCUCCGCACACAGCCAGGCAAUGCAUUAUUUGAAGCUCGAGUUGAUUAUAAAAACCCCAACGAUAUUAAGAUACUAGGGGAUGUAUUGAGGACGAACGCAUAUGGAAAUCAAUCGUCCUGUAUUGAUCGAGCCGAUAGGACAAGGAGACUUUAUUGUUAUUGUGUAUGAUCGGCGAGAGCCACGGCUUUCAAGACUAAAGAAGAUCCGCAUAGAUUCACUCAGAAUUCGGGUCAUUGACCUGGUAUUCAGAAGAGGUCGGGCAUCUAACAUUCGGCAGGUGAAAGCCCUCAAGUCAGCUGAUAGUUAUCUAGAGUAUUCUUUUUCACGCGCAGUGUUGGACUUGAUGUUGUUGCAAAAACUUACAAAACCCCGAAAAGCGUCACCUGAAACCGGGAGUUUUGUUUUAAAGAAAAGUAAACACGGUACAGGGAGAACUUUAAAAAUUCCUAAGACGAGGACAUCAGGUCAUUGGAGGGAAAGGAAGAGAGUUAACAAGAACAUGCCAAUAUGAAAACUGGGGGUGGGGGUGGGAAGAGAGGUAGUGUGAUAAUUUUUCUGAGGGUGUGUGUGGGAUUGAUAUCAAUAUGUGACAGCCUUUACAAAUCGCAGCUUACAGAGACAUUUAUGUCUUAUCAAUAUUGUCGCAUUCAUGAAUGCAAUUAUAUUGUAAAUAUUUUUUUUGAAAAGCUCAAUACUUUUUUUUUCUAUAAUUAUACAUUGUACUUCGCUUGACUGUAUAUUUUCUCUAUUUUACAUAUAUUGUAUAUUCUAUCUAUCUAUCUAUCUACAUGUAUCUAUAUAUGCAUGACAACAAAAACAAGGUGAAAAUAAUUCUGUGAUACGAUACGAUUCUCUUUAUGUAGACACAAACGCCUGACCUAGCUGUCUCUAAAUGCUUUCCUUCAAUGCGUCAUGUUUAUUUGUGCUCCACAAUUAUUGUGUAGAACCAUUUCUUAGGUGGGAGGCAUGGGGAUGCGACCCCCUCCAUCCCACUCCAGGAUUUGUUUCAAGUUAUAGAAAUUCCACACCAGAUAUCCUUUUUGUAUUAUGUACUAAAACACACAGAUAACCCCAAUCAUUUUCCUUUGAGACCACUGUGUAGAUAUUAAAUCGAUCUCGAGUUUAUAUUUUCAUGAUAUUUCUUAAUAUAAUGCCUUUGAAUAUUUUUCUAUGAUUGUGUUAUGUUAUUUUGAUCAAUGCAAAUGUAGCUUUUCCUCAUAAGCAAUCAAUGCAACUUUACUUGUGUACAAAAUCUGGUAAAGAGACGCUAUGCAAUUUCUUAAGUGUCUAUUUGAAUGCCGUCAUGGUGCAUAAUAUAAGCCAUAAUAACUAGUGUAAUGAUAUAUUAAAUGGUGUAUGUGUACUAUGUACCGUCCGCUUGUAAUAUAGUCUCCGAGAGAGACGUCUUUUGUAUCCGCGUAAUUUUUUUUUUUAUCUAUGAUCAUUAUAUUUGCGUAUGUGUGAAUUGCCCUUUGUAUAGUAUUUAUAUUAUUAGCGUGCGAACAGCACGUGCAUUGUACUUGUUAUAUAAUACAAUUUCUGUUGAAUGUUGAAACUGGAGACAAUUUCACCAUUUUAUGCAACAUACCAGCAUUGAUCAAUGACUAUUUUGUUUGUGAGUAAAUGCAAGAGAUGUCGCUUUUCAAUGUGUGUGUGUGUGUGUCAGGAUUUUUCGGGUUAUAACCUCAAGAUAUUCAGACUUUCAUAGAGCCUCCAAGACAAAGUAGGUACAUAAGGACAGCACAACUAGAAUGUAAAAUGCGUGUUGACGGACGGACAAAUUACCCUCAAAUCUCUAAAGCAUUCAUUCAGUUAAGUGACAUCGUUUUUCAAGAUGGGGGAGGGGCAACUGGAGGUAAGAUCACUUGUCAAAAAUUCUUGACAAGCGAAGGAAAAUCACUUUAAACAUAUAUUCUCAAUACAUCAAAACCGCAAGUCAUCUAAUUUCACCUCAGUUUGUUUAUUUUUUGCCCAGGCUUCGAUUUUCUUAAUCUUUAAUUGCACGUGAGUGUAAAGGUAAUUAAGCAUUGUCAAUUCUACGUGCCAGGUCUGUGACACUAAAUUAUUUAUUAUUAUAUCUUCAUGAGUUCAAUUUACAUAUAUACUUCAGAAACAAAAUAAUGCUGGUCGUGAAUUAGUCAGAUGUAUUUUAACAAUUUCCAAAAGGUGCUGAGCAAAUGUAUCUUGUAGCCUUUUCUUGCAGCUUGUGCUGGCGUUAUUUUUAUACUGAAUGAAAUAAAAGUUUGGCUAGA